GGGGAAAGCGAGCGUGGUUUAUUCUUCCAGACUCCAGUCUUUUUCUCCAUCUCUUUACUUUUUUCAGAUUGGAAUCACACGCGAGUUCCAUUCGUUCUCACUAUCCAAUCUAAUAGCUUUAGUUUAGCUUAGUUCAGCUUAGCUUAGAUAGGGAGCGUGUGUGUGUAAUCAAGUAGUAGAAAAGAAGGAGGGGAAAAGGAUUCAUCUUGGAUUCUUUGAUUCCAUUCGAUGGGGCACUGAUGCUGCUGCUGGAUCUAUCUUCCAAUUUCAUUCCCUCUUCCUUCACAUCCUCUUUCGUAUCCAAUCAAUUGCAAAUUUAUUCCGGGGAGGGAGGCGCCAUGGAUAGAUAGAUUGAUAGAUAGCUACUGAAACGAGGAGGCUCCGCUCCUCCUCUGAUGGCGGCAUCCGCGCGGCCGCCUUCCUCAUCUCCGGCCGUCGCCUCUGCACCCGCGCCUGCCUCCUCUAAACCAAAUGCAACACCGGCCGACACGGCCGCGCCCGCCGCCGCCUCCCCUCCCCUUUCUUCCCCACCCCCUGCCCCGCCUCCACAGCUCCCCUCCUCGCCACCGCCCGCCUCGCCGCCGCCGCCACUCCCUCCUCCAAAGCCCGCACCUUCCGCGCCGCCUCCAGCAAAUUCGCCUCUAAAGCCCGCACCUUCCACGCCGCCUAGAAACAGUUCGCCUCCGCCACCCGCACCACCACCAACCACGCCGCCGGCAGCUCCUCCCACAAGAAACACGCCGCCGACCGCUCCUCCCCCAACAACCACGCCGCCGACCGCUCCUUCACCAGCAGCCGCACCGCACUCCCCGUCCCUUCCUCCUCCCGGACCUCCUGCCCACGCUUCACCGCCGGCGGCCAGCCACAAGCCACUUCCAUCUCCCGCCACGGCCGCCGACCCGGCCCCGCACGCUGCCGGCACCGGCGGCAGGAGCCCGAACAAGUCCUCUACCCAGUCGUCCCAUGGCUCCCAUGCUGGAGCCUCCUCCACGCCCAGCAACGGGGUCAGCGACACCGUCGUCAUCGCGGUAGGCACAGUGCUCGCAUUCCUUGUCAUCACCCUGAUAGGCGCCGCCGUCUGGUACACCAAGAAGCGCCGUCGGAGGGAGAGUAACGAUUACCACGCCGGGUUCAUGUCACCCACCUCGCCGCCUUCUUAUGCAUCUUCCUCUCAGCGGCCGCUAGGUGACUCGGCAAAUGCAGUAUCGUCAUCGGCCGACCCUUCCUUCCAUAAUACCAACCACAGCGCUGGGAGUCCUCGGCUCAAAGCGUGUGCAUCCGACAUCAGCAUGGGCAACUCCCGCUUCUUCACUUACCAGGAGAUGUACGAGAUCACCGACGGCUUCUCGCCACAUAACUUGCUAGGGGAAGGAGGCUUCGGGUCGGUGUACAAGGGCCGCCUGCCUGAAGGGAAAGAUGUAGCUGUGAAGCAACUGAGAGAUGGGAGCGGGCAAGGGGAGCGUGAGUUCCAGGCUGAGGUGGAGAUAAUCAGUCGUGUGCACCAUCGGCAUUUGGUCUCGCUCGUGGGGUAUUGCAUUGCCAAUAGCCAGAGGUUGCUUGUCUACGAUUUUGUGUGUAACGACACCCUGCAUUAUCAUCUUCAUGGACAUGGAAGGCCGCUUUUAGAUUGGUCAGCUAGGGUGAAAAUUGCUGCUGGUGCUGCUCGCGGAAUAGCAUACCUACAUGAAGAUUGCCAUCCAAGGAUAAUCCACCGGGACAUCAAAUCCUCAAACAUUUUGUUAGAUAAUAACUUUGACGCACUGGUGGCUGAUUUUGGUCUUGCAAGAUUGGCCUUGGAUGCUGCAACACAUGUGACUACUCGUGUUAUGGGGACAUUUGGGUACAUGGCACCAGAGUAUGCAUCGAGUGGCAAAUUGACCGAGAAAUCUGAUGUUUUCUCUUUUGGUGUUGUUCUCUUAGAACUUAUGACUGGUCGAAAGCCUGUUGAUGCCUCAAGACCAUUGGGUGAUGAGAGCCUUGUUGAGUGGGCUAGACCAUUGCUUAGCCGAGCUCUUGAGACAGGAAAUUUGGAAGAGUUGGUUGAUUCUAGGCUUGAGAAGAACUUCAAUGAGGUCGAAAUGUUCCGUAUGAUUGAAUCUGCAGCAGCCUGCAUUCGACACUCAUCAUCAAAGAGGCCCAGAAUGAGCCAGGUGGUGCGGGUUCUCGACAGCUUAGCGGAUAUCGAUUUAACGAAUGGUGUGCAGCCAGGGCAGAGCGAGCUCUUCAACGUAGCGAACACUGCGGACAUCAGGAUGUUCCAGCAGAUGGUGCAGGGCAAGCAGGAUGACAGCUCCGGAUUUAGCCAGUAUAGUUGGAUCAGCCGCAGUAGGGCCGACGCUGAGGCCGCAUCCUCUAAUUCCAGGAUCUUGUGAUCACCAUCACUAAUUCGGCCACUAAUUUGGCCACUAACUCGGCCGGGUUGUAUUGACCGUGAAAAGCCUCGUAUAAUUCUUGUGUACUUAUGAUUGCUCUUGUGUACAUCAUAUGACUAGAUCCACUCGUUUCUUGAUUGACGAAUUCAGCUACCUGUUGUUAUCGUUGCCUAA